AUGCGCAUCGUCCCCGCAAACUCCAACCCCGAGUCCUUCACCCACACAUCGCACACCUCAUCCGCCCCCUCCGCCCCCGGCGUCCACGAUACUCUCCGUCACGGCGUCGGCCAGUCCCCCUACGACGCGGCCGCCAACAAGCCUUCAUCCGCACACCCUCUCGAGGCCCGUCUUAAGAACUGGGAGGCGACACAGGAGGCCGUCCGCAUGGAAUCACUCCGUCGUACAUUCGGAAUUGCGGAGCCCGUCCGUAGGGGCAUGGAGCUCAAGAUUGUCAGGGACGGCGAGUGGCGGCCCCUGGCUCUGGGAAACGGCUUGGCCAGCGUACACGAAGAUAUCCUGAGGGGGCGAGAAGACAUGAUUACGUGGGAGGAUGUAUUCACUGGUGAGGAGAUGAAGGGUGUUCCUGGAGUUCACGAUGAGAUGGAGAAAAAGCUCAAGAUUCAGUAG